UCCGAAUAACUGCACCGAGCUUUGCAGAACGCGUCACUCAGCAUCACCAAAGCCAUGGCAGACGUGCAAAAGAAGCUGCAGGCACUGUCUGAUAGUUACCAAGGCCUUCAGGCUGAGCUCGGAACUGCAGUAGAGGCCCGCCAGAAGCUCGAGUCGCAACAACAGGAGAAUAGUACCGUCAAAAAGGAGUUUGACAUCCUUGACGACGAUGCAAACAUCUAUAAACAAAUCGGCCCCGUACUGCUGAAGCAGGACAAGACGGAGGCAGUCAUGUCGGUCAAUGGUCGCCUCGAGUUUAUCGACAAACAGAUCAAGGAUAUCGAGAAACAGAUACAGGGUAUACAGGACAAGAGUGAGAAGAUCAAGGGCGAGGUACGUUCUUCAAACGUGUCUUGUUACGCGGAUUGCUAAUGCCCAAACUAGAUUAUCCAGAUCCAGUCGGCA